UUUAAACUUACAGAAAAAUUCUAAUAGUACUAAUUAAAAGAAGCAUAAUAUAAUAUAGAUACAACGGUAUAUAUAUAUAUAUAAUCAUGAGCGAUAAUAGUAUUAGUAAUAGUAUCAAUGAAGACUUUGUUAAAAAGAUUGUUAAGAAUCUAGAGGAUCCUCAAUGCAUAAAAGACAUUUUAGAAACCUCAAAACAAGCUGGCACAUUGUCUAAUGUAAUUAAUAAAAAAGAUCUGCAUGGCGAUGCAGUUGCUCAUUAUGCUGCCCGAGCUCAUGCUUUGGAUCUAUUAAAAUUAUUACACAAAUAUGGAGCUGAUCUUGAAGCCAUCAAUGACUAUGGUAGACGACCUAUACAUGAGACUAUUGAUAAUUUUGAAUGCCUUUUCUUUCUUGUCACUGAAUGCCAUGUUGAUGUUAAUGCAUUCAAACGAGGAGAUUGGACACCUAUUAUGAUUGCUGCCAUGAAGGGCUACUUGGAAAUUGUUCAUUUACUUUCAAAUUCAGGCGCAUUGUUGAAUCUUUCCACUAAAGAUGGCAGGACAGCCCUUCAUCUGGCAGUACAAAAUGGACAUGUUGAGAUUUCAAAGUUUCUUGCAAAAGAAUACCCUGGUGCAAUUACAAUGAGUACAAAAUCGGGACGUUGGCCUUUACAAGUAGCCACCGCUCUUCAGGAAUCUCCUGACGCAGCUUAUGAAAUCACAGUCAGUCUGAUAUCUACCUACACAUCUAAAGCCAAUUCCGUACCAGACUCGCUCUUGUUACUCCUACAGCACAAGGAUAAAUCCGGCAGAAAUCUUCUCCAGGAUGCAGUAGUGGCGCACAACCUCAGACUGGUCGAAUAUCUAUUAGAAAAGAAAGAUGCCUUUGCAGAUGAACCAGACUCCCUGGGACGUACUGUCCUGCACCAUGCAGCCAUGCUGGGUUACACUGAUAUACUUGAUAUUCUGUCCAAAAAGGCACAGUGCUUAAGCUGGGAUGCGCUCGACACAUGGGACCAUUGGACUCCGUUAAUGCAUGCCUCGAGAGAAGGCCAUCUUGAGACUGUGCGCUUCCUUUUAAGAGUAGGGGCAGACCAAAGUCUACGUGACAAGCAGGGAAGAACAGCCUGUGAAUUAGGCAACAUCCCUUUGGAAUCAUGAUGAUAUAGCUAACCUACUUUGUGUAAUCAAAACAGAGACAUAAGCCAUUUAAACCACAAAAAUAAAAUAGUAUAUAUAUAUAC